AUGGCGUCUCUACGGGUUGCAUCCGCUGCUCGAGUCUCUCCUGCCCACCUGAUUCUCCUCCUCCGAACCCCUUGCUCAGCAUCCCCUCGAACGACCCUAGCCUACCGAUACAGCCACCUCCAGCGACGACACUUGACUUCGGAUUCGCAAAACAGCAAGAGCAAAGAUGCGCAAUCCGCGGCUGAAUCCUCCCGUAGCCAUUACGGCUCCGACGCGCCCUCACCCUCAUCAUUAUCGUCGUCUUCCUCCUCAUCCUUCUCUAGUGGUUCCUCCUCCCACUCCGAAACCUCUCGGCCCAGUACUGCAUCAUCGACGACGAGCCAUUCCCCGACUUUCUUAGACGAUAGCACCGUCAAAGACUGGGAGGACUACAAAUAUACAGAUGUCGCAGGCUUCAAGGACCUACCGUCAAGGACGUUCGGCGUGAACCAGCACAUGCUGAUCAAUACCGAGCUCAGGACUGCCUUUACCCACCUCCUCCGCGAGUUCCGCGCACCCAUCAUGUUCUGCUUCGCCUACGGCUCGGGCGUCUUUCCGCAAGGCAACAACGAGCGCAGCAUUACCGAUGCCGAGUUCCGCGCCGUCCAUCCCAAGCCGCCUGAGGCGCUCCGGCUCACCCAGAAGGGAAAUCCCAAGAUGAUCGACUUCAUCUUCGGCGUUUCCCACACUGAGCAUUGGCAUUGGCUCAAUAUGAAACAGCACCGCGAUCACUACUCGGGAAUCGCCUCGCUCGGCUCGGGCGCCGUGGCCGCGGUGCAGGAAAAGUUCGGCGCCGGUGUAUACUUCAACCCCUACGUGGUUGUCAACGGUAUGCUGAUUAAGUACGGCGUGACAAGCAUCAACAACCUCUGCCAUGACCUUGCCAACUGGGACACUCUCUAUCUCGCCGGCCGGCUUCACAAGCCGGUCAAAAUUCUCCGCGAUAACGCCGCCGUGCGAAUCGCCAACCAGCAGAACCUCGUCGGCGCCGUCCGAACCGCCCUCCUCAUGCUCCCCGAAGUAUUUUCCGAAUUCGACCUCUUCAGCACCAUUGCCGCCAUCAGCUACCUCGGCGAUCCUCGCAUGGCCCUGCCGACUGAGAACCGAAACAAGGUCAACAACAUCGUGACGAACAACCUUGUCAAUUUCCGUCGCCUAUAUGCGCCGCUCAUCGACAAAUUGCCCAAUAUUCACUACAUCGAUGAGAUCGCCCUCGGCAGUGACGAGUGGCUCGAGAGCUCUAGGAAUCACAUGUUGAUGCAGGACAUGGAUCUCGUCAAGCGCGCCAACAUGGUGCGCCGUCUGCCAUCCGCGUUCCGCCAGCGCCUGUACUUCCUCUACCAGGGCAAGUUCCGCAUGACGCGCUCAGAGUUCAACAAGUUGAUGGAGGAGUCGGCGGACGAGGACGCAAAUGGCUUCAAGAGGCGUCAGGGCGGACCAUUCGAAAUGCGUAUUGCGGAGGACAGCUCGCACGAUCUGCAGGAUAUGGUGCGAAAGGCGAUCAAGAAGACGAUAUCGUGGCCCAGCACGACACAGAGCGCAAAGGGUCUCGUCACGGCCGGAUUCAGCAGGACAAUGCGCUACGUGGGAGAGAAGCUGGACAGGUAUAAGGAGAGCAGCGGGAAGAAGAAGGCGGAAUCCAAGGCGGAAUCCAAGCCGGAGGAGGCGGCCGGUGAGAAAUCCGGCGAUUCCGAGAAAAAGGUCGAAAAGACCAACGAGGCGAAUGACGAGAAAAAAUCGACAUAA